UUUCACUUACUCGUAGCCUCGCUUAAGCUCUCAAACCAGUCUACCUGCUGACGUUCUAAGUAACAACGCGGCCAUGUUGCCUUACCGUCGUGCAACACAAGCCCUUAAGUCAAUUCGCAAAAACAGCGGGAAAGUGCACAAAACAAACCCGAAGGUACACUUUUAAGAAAGUGCCAAAAAGGUGAGUGUCGAGUGUGGAUCGCCGCAGUGGCCUCAGCUUUCUCGAUCGAAACAAACAAUUCGGCAGGCAGUGAAACGCUCAAUAUGUGAUUUAACUGUGUACUACUUCCGUGACCCACUUUAAUUUAAAGUCAAAUUAAGUCGUACACAAAAAGACAGUGAACAUGUUGAGGUUGAAGUGACAAAAUGGUACCGUUCUAAGCGAAGUUUUGAUCUGUGAUUAACAUGUCAAGUAAAAAACAGCCGUUUAUAAAACCAGCGAACGAAGCUUCCGGAAAUUCUUUACCUCCCAAAUAUCAGCAUCCCCCGUUACCUCCCAACAGCCAGGGUAUUUUGAAACAUCCCCCGUUGAAAGAUGUCAAAAGUUAUCCUAUGAAAACUUCGGAAAAAACUGCUACCUUCCAAGUACAAGUGACGGAUCAAGGUAAAUACUAUCCUAACAAUACAAAACUCUCGUACCCUUCCUAUCCUCCUCAGCAUAGACCAGAGGAUAUAAGACACCAAAAUAUAGGUACUACCCAAGCUCAAAUACACCAAGAACUCAGACCUAUACCUUUGGAUGAACCUGGAAUUCCACAAGUGCCUCACGGUGAUCCCAGGUUAUUGCAUCAACAACACCACAGACAACCGUAUAGAUACGAGGACGAGCUCCUGAGAACAGAUAUGUUAAAAUUUGUAAGAAAACCUGAAGACAACAGGAUAAUAUCUAACAACCAACAACACAUCCAGAAUAUCCUUUCGGAGCUUAGGUCUUUGAAGGAGGCAAAUCAGAGACUGGCGGAUGACAAUCAAGAACUUCGUGACCUUUGUUGUUUUCUGGACGAUGAUCGCCAAAAAGGAAGGAAGCUGGCGAGGGAAUGGCAACGUUUUGGUAGAUACACCGCCAGUGUCAUGAGGCAAGAAGUAUCAGCGUAUCAAAGCAAACUGAGGGAGUUGGACAACAAACAGCAAGAACUCAUCAAAGACAAUUUGGAGCUUAAAGAGCUGUGCCUCUAUUUGGACGAAGAGAGAGGUAAUCAUUCCAUAUGUCCUUCUUGUGGAAGUGCACCGGCAGGAAAUCUUAGAGAUGAUGGUGACGGUUCUAGCUCGAGUACAAAUGCAGACGAACCAGGUCUUCCUCAGCAAUUUCCUGGAAAUAACCAACCCCGCAGAUCGGCCAGUAGAGAGAGGAUCCUGCAUGAAAACCUGGCUCGUCAACGGAGCACCUUUAACGAUCAGAUAAUGCAGUAUGUCCGUAGUCUAGAGCAGAGAGUUAACGAACUCGAAGAAGAUAAAAGAUCUUUAACUUUGAAAAUUAACCAGAUAGCCGCUUCUACUGGUGAUCCUACCUUAACAGUACCCCAAGAGUCUGGGGCUGGAGGACUGAGUGGAAGGCCUGAAGCUGUCGUCAGAGCUCUCCAGGUUCUCGAGGUUAGAGAACAACUAGAGAGAGAAGGACGAAUGCCAAAUGAGAACAGAGAUGUACAGGACAAUGCUGGACAGGACAUGGAUGACGGAGAAAAAGCACUAGUUAGGGAAAUGUGUAACGUUGUUUGGAGAAAGCUUGAGGAAGUUCCAGUAUCUCGAAGAUAAACAAGAAUGAACACUUUCCUAGAAAAUCUAUAGCAUUCAAUUUGUACAAAUAAAGCUUGCCAAUAGAAUGUGAAUUAUUGAAAUGAAAUGUAUGAAUGGUGGAAACGCGUAUGUUGAAUGGAGUUUCCACAAUAGAAACGCCUAUGUUUAUAUUCGUACUGUUUUUAAUCUUUUUUAUUUAUUUUAUUAACUUUCAUGUAAUUUUGUUAUUUAUAUAUAAAUAUUUUAUUCAAAUAAAGAAUUUCAGUUCCGUUACAA